AUGAUUGAAAGAUUCGUCGAACUUCGAAAAACUGUAAACGGAAUUUUAGAUGAUUUUCCCUCUGCGCCUCCUGCAGUUACUGCUGCCGAAUUGGAAAUACUAAAAGAACUGAUAACAGUACUUCGUCCUUUGGAAGGCGCUACGAAAGAUUUGUGUGGCCAAAAAUAUGUCACAGCAAGUAUGGUGAUACCACUAAUAAAUGGAUUGCAGAGAGACUUUGAGAAUCUGGUUCUUGAACACGAAGUAGCUUUAGUUUUAAAAGACAAUCUUUUAAAAGAAAUUUCUCGCAGAUUUGGACUCAUGGAAUCCUGCCACUUUUUUGCAAUAGCGACAAUUUUGGAUCCGAGGUUCAAAAAAGUGGUGUUUAAGCAACCGACAGAUUGUACACGUGCACUCGGCCAGAUCAACAGAUUAUUUCAGGAAAAGAAUAACAAUUCUGCAGAACAAGAACCGGAUACUGACGGAGAUACGAAUAAUGAGCCAGAGGAAAGUAAAGAAAAAUCUUCACUUCGGAAAUUUCAUUCGGAUUGCGUGCAAAAUGCCAAGCGAGCAAGAAGGGACAUUCCAGAUAAUAUUGCGUUAAAAUAUCUGACAGUAGUUGCCACAUCCGUACCUUCAGAAAGGUUAUUUUCGAAAACUGGCAUUUUGAUGAACGAUAAAAGAAACCGACUUGAAGGAAGUAAACUUCACAAGCAACUUUUUUUGGGAGCAGUCGACGAAGCUCUUUGGAUGAUUAAAGCGGUUAAUGACACUAAUAAAAUUCGUCAAUCUCGAAAAAAGGUUGCUUCGUAUCUAGUGCAGUCACCUGUUAUUGACAGUACAUAUUUCGAUUGA